GGCGGAUAGACCGUAAUUAAAAGCCUAAACAACCUACAAAGCUGUGCUGUGCAAUAAUCUACUGUCCAUUAUGUAAAAGUGUCAAGUAAAGUCAUAUACAAUAAAGAUCUGUCGUGAAGUAUAUGCAACAGUUCGUUACAGUUAUAAAUAUCAGUUGCUGUUUCUAAAACUAUUUGUAGCAUUAUCUGCAGCAAGCGUUCGUGAUUGAUUUUAAAAUUUACGAACCGUUACGUUAAACGCAAUAUAAUUUAAAUCAAUGUUUUUAAUUCCAUUUUAGUAGCAAAAUAUGAGAACAAACAUACGGCACGUUGUGUUUUUAACAGUUUUAGGAAUUUGCUAUUUACUAUGCAACGCGAGACUACCCUUUAAACCUAGGGAUGGAUCUCUACCAUUCCUUGUAUAUUUUCCUUCCCGGUAUCGCGGUUUGUGCGUGGGAACCUUAGUGUCACGAACAGCCGUGAUUACGGCUGCCGUGUGCGUUACCAAUCCUACGAUACCUAUUCGUGACACGAGACCGAUAAAUGUGAUCACUGCGGCAACCUACCGCCAUCCCCGAAGAGGCAUAAGAGUGCAAGUCGUUAAAAUUAUUAUACCAAAUCUUCAUAACGUUUCAACUCCAAAUAAAGGCUAUCUCAUGCAAAAAUCACCAGCAAUACUUUUGUUAAAACGAAAAGUACCCGAUGUACUCGCCGAGAUACCCCUUCGUGCACUCGACAUAGAUUACAAAGGAGAGGAAGUGUUGUCUCUGCAAGAGGAAUGUUUGAUACCCGGCUGGCACUUCUUUUACAAAGGGGACAAAAUAUAUCCAGUACACAAAUUCCUUCUACAAAGAAAUGUACGAGUUCAGUUCUUGAACAUAGUAAAGAAAAAAAUGUGGUGCGAAGCUCUGACUAUGAAAUUUCAGAAGGCAUUGACUAAUCUAGGAUUCAUUGGAUACUUCGAUACCACAGCAUGCGUAUGUAUACGAGAUCCGGAUAGAACAGCUCAGCCGUGUCACGGUAUGUACGGAGCGCCGCUGAUAUGCCGCGGUAGGGCAGUCGCAAUGCUCAUGGCCCCCGACGCGCAGUGGACGAACUGUACUGGCUUCAGCAACAUCGUACAUCUGUUUUCCAGCGAUUACCUUAGGAAUUUCAUGGCAUGUGUUAGCAGCUUGUUUGACGUGGAAACGCAACUGGACUGGACUGCGAUGAAGAAAUCUAUUUACGAGGAUCUGAACGAAGAAGAUUUCGACUACGUGCCCGAGAUGUACGACAGACUGGACAGCGCUUCCACUUCAUCCGAGGAAUAUUAAAAAUUGACAUUUUUAUUCUAUAAAAAUAAUGAACAUCACCAAUGUGUUAUAGAAAAUUUCCAAUAAAAAAUAUGACUUAUCUAAUUUGGUUUGUGCGUUAGGGUAAAAUCACUUUGUUGUUCAAAGUGAUUUUGACAAAC